AGACCAAAUAAUAUUCUUUCGCCGUUCUUUUAUCAGCAAGGGUUCAGAAGAAGUGAGGAAUCGUCUCCCGGAAGUGACAUUUGACAACACCUCCAGCACACAGUGAUGACACUAAAAGUCAUAAAUAACACAUAAAUUCAUAAUUUCAUCUGAUUUAUCAUUAAUCAGUUUCGUCGAUCGGGUGUUUAUUGUGUGUCAGUCCGCGUAAGGGCAGUAGUAACUAUGGGUAAGGGUUGUAAAGUGGUAGUUUGUGGAAUGGCAUCUGUGGGGAAAACAGCCAUCCUGGAGCAGUUACUGUACGGCACUCACACUGUAGGUUCAGAAACAAACGACACUCAGGAGGACAUCUACGUGGCGUCUGUCGAGACGGACCGUGGCGUGAGGGAGCAGUUACGUCUCUACGACACUAGAGGUCUGCGUGAUGGGCUAGAUUUACCCAAACACUUCUUCUCAGUGGCUGACGGAUUCGUGCUGGUCUACAGCGUCGAUAGUCUGGAGUCAUUCAGAAAAGUCGAGCUCUUGAAGAAGGAGAUAGACAAGUCCAGAGACAAAAAAGAGGUGAUGGUUAUCGUGUUGGGGAAUAAGUGUGACCUGCGGGAGCAUCGGCAGGUGGAUCAGGAGGCGGCGCAGCAGUGGGCGCGCGCGGAGAAGCUCAAACUCUGGGAGGUGACCGUAACAGACAGAAGCACCUUAAUCGAACCCUUCACCACCCUCACCAGCCGCCUCACACAGCCGCAGAGCAAGUCUGCCUUCCCUCUGCCUGGCCGAAAGAGCAAAGGCACCCCGUCCAAUGACAUCUGAGCACCUCACACCACCACAGAUCAGCACUGUGUUCGGCUGUCUGGACUCCUUUAUGCUACUUUAGAAGAUUAAAGACUAAAGACAGAAGUUCGCUAGGACUAGAUCUAUUUACACUCCUAAAUAAAUGCACUAAUUGCAUUUUUUAGUUGUGGUUGUUUUUGUGCUUACCGAUGGGAAAACGGUUGAACGUGAUGCACAACACUCAGAGAUACUUCUGCGUCACUGUGGUCAGUCAAUCACAGAAAUUGAGAAUUAGUUUAUUUUUCGCAUAAAUCUGCAGUGAAAGGAGAAUGACUAGUUAGACAAAUCACCAAAAUAAAUAAGGAGAAUAAGAUUUUUUUCUUGAAGUAAGACCUGUUUGUGAACAAUUAAGAUUUGUUUUUAACCAAUAAGAACUGUAUUCUGAAACUCUAAAGCAGAAGAUUUCAUUCACAUUUAGCACAGUUCUUCCAGAUUUUUUACAUUGCGUUUUUAUGGUUCUUAUUAAUUCAAUAGAAAUAUUGUAUUUUACAAUUUAAAUGUGUUAUAAAAAUCUAUGCAUCUUUUUUAUAACAGGCUUAAUUUAUUUAUGCAAAUAUAAUUUAUGUUUUAUAAAAUAAUUUAUUUUGGGAUGGAAUUUGACCUGGACGUGAAAAUCACCAAUGGUACAGUAUAGAGAAAAUGUCAGCGCUUCUUCAGUCCUUCAGAUGUUAAAUUCAGUCAAGAACAGUGCGUUAAAAGUGCUUUAAAAUGCCAGUUAAUAAAAAUACAGCAACACUGUUAUGUUAAAGUCAUAUGGUGUGUAUGAGAAGUCUUCCAGCAUAAUUUCCAAAACUAACUAUAAUCACGACAUUUUUGCAUUUCAUCUCAAAACAUUAGAAACCCAAAGCUAUUAUCAUGUAGUCAGUGAAAUGAAGCCUGUAGCUGUGUUUGUGUAGGAUGUUUUAAAUGACUGAACUCAAGUGCACAGGAAAACACUUUCAGGUUGCUACAGUACGUAGAGAAACAUUCCAGCAGUUGUCAUUGGAUAUUUGUGAAAUCUUUAUCUUAGCAGCAUGUUCUAAUUUAUAUGAAAGCUAUUAAAAAGAUGUACUUAUUCACCAUGUAAUGAUCGAUUUAACCAAAUAAAUGUUUAUUGA